AUGGAUGUUUACACGCAUCUUUCAUCGCCAUCUUUCAUAUCGCAUCGCUUCUCUUCUUCACGAUACCAGUACUCAUUUUUCUCCUCUUCCCAUUCACCUUUCAAGCUUCUCUGUUCCAAGGAAUCUCAACCCAAAGACGAUAACAAUAAUAAGGGUGAUAAAUCUUCAACAGACUGGGACAAAGCAUGGUCAAAAUUCAAAAAGCAAGGGGGCAAAAAACCCUUCUCAAAAUUUUCAGAUAAGUAUGUGAGUUGGAACCCUAGGCGUUCAGAAUUCCCUCUUUCUGAGGAGGUUGAUCCAAUCAAGAGGACAGAGAGAUCAAACCUCAAGUUCUGGAACAGUCCCACUUUCACUCUAGGGGGUGCAAUUAUUAUUGUCACAUUUCUUUUAUUGUACACCAUUCUUGCACCAAUCAAGUGA